AUGGGUGAAAUCCCAUUUCAGUCCCAUCUCGACCUCGUUGAGUUCAGACAGGAGGCCUUUGAGAACCUACUCCAUGAAGGAUCGUUUUCUCCCCUACUCCUGAAGCACAUAUUGGGAAUGUUUUGCCUCGUACUCGUGCCACUUCUUAUUCGUCCUACAAACACAUUUCUAUCUCAGCUCAUACGGUAUACAUUUCACGCAAUAUUCACUGGUUUCAGCAUAUAUGCAGUCCUUCAUGUGCGAUUCAUUGGGCCUGGAAAUGGGUAUAGUGUUGGAUUAAUUGCGACUUGGUUUUUUAUAUGGAGCUCGACUAUACUUGUCUUUAAUGAUGUCCAAAAAGACUUUAAGCGAAUCGAGAAAGAAUAUGUUCAAUCGUCAAGCCCACCUGUGCAUGAUUCAUUUCAAUCUAGGGGGACUUUGGGGCCGAAUGAUACAAAACAUCACCCUGAUACAUCGUCCAUUGUGGUCCCACGACAUAAGGGUAAAAGAAAAGUCUACCACUGGCAGUCAUUCCCAGAUUCAUUUCCGCAUCGUGUUGACUGGGUUCUCGAUCUUAUUUUGAACUUUCGAGGCCCCAACUGGAGCUGGCGGGCUAGAACGUCACCACUUCCAAAUUUUGUGUUGAAUGAUAUCGGAGACCAGGGGGGAUCUCGACAAGUGAUAGUAUCCAAGCUAAUUGUUCCUGAUUCUUCAACAAGGCUACGACAAGCCUUGCUCUCUUUCUUACGAGACUAUAUUGCCUUGGAUAUCAUCAAGGUGCUUAUGAUGCGAGACCAGUAUUUCUGGGGGUUUGUGGACAACUACCCACCACCGCCAUGGCCCUUUGUCAUAGUAUCCUUUUCCCCAAUUUUGGUCCGCAUCUAUCGAUUACUCCUCAGUAUGUCGGGAGUUUUUUUUGCUCUUGAUAUUAUUGUAUCGUUGGAUCCGCUCUUCUUUUUGGGGCUGUCUCUCGCCUUUCCGCGAUUUUCCCGGAGUAUCACCCACCAACCGCUUGAUGAAGCGUGGCUCUACCCACCACCAUUCGGACCGGCGAGCUCUGUUUUGGAUUACGGGUUGAUAGGUGCCUGGAAUACGUGGUGGCAUCAGCUGUUUCGGUUUGGAUUUUCCGAAAGUGGACGAUUUGUCUCAUUUUUGAUUAUACCAGUUACCCGAAAACAACAGCACUCGUCUUACACACUGGUCCGACGCCUACUCCAAGUCCUUGUCGCUUUUUCCAUGAGCGGGUUGAUUCACGCCAUGGGAAGCUACACUGCUUUUGCAGAUACCAAGCCUUUCAACACAUUCCUGUUCUUCUUCCUGCAGGGCAUUGCCGUCCUUGCCCAAGGUCUCUUCUUUUCCCAAAAAGCACAACCACAACCACGCCGUGCAGCACCACUUACUACUCGCGCACUAAAUUUUGCCCUCGUCUUUUUAUGGUUCUAUUUCACUGCCCCGCUGGCCGCCGACGAUUUCGCUCGAAGUGGGCUUUGGACGUUUGAGCCUCUACCGAUCAGCCCUAUUCGCGGGCUGGUUUUGCGGUGGUGGGGUGUGGAGGGCUGGGAAAAAGAAGGAUGGUUCUGUUGGAAGAGUUUGUGGGUUGAGAGGUGGAAUGGUGAGACUUGGUGGCAGAGUGGGACUCGUUUUCGGUAG